AUGGCGCCCGUACGGCGAUUUCGCAUGCUGGUGCUGGGCGCAAUAUUUAUCAUCUCGUUCCUCUAUUAUCUCAACAAACCUGGUGGACUAAUAGAUUAUUACAACUUGACAUCACCUCAAAUCCCAUUCACCCCAGAUAACGUUCAUUGGGUGAAAAAGCCCGAAAGAUAUACGGUCUCCUCAUUAAUUCCUCUUCCAACUGGGUCGCCGAAGGAGAUUCCAAAGGUGCAGGCGAAAGCUCCUGUCGAAAGUUCGAAACAGAAGGAAGAGCGGUUACGGCGCAAAGCUGCGGUCUUGGAGAGUUUCACACAUAGUUGGGAUGGGUAUAAGAAGUACGCAUGGCUUCGAGACGAGGUAGCUCCUCUGGGCGGGGGCUACAGAGAUACAUUCGGUGGGUGGGCUGCUACUCUGGUGGAUUCUCUUGAUUCCCUGUGGAUUAUGGGCCUGAAGAAGGAUUUCGAGCUGGCAGUCAAAGCAGUCGACCAAAUCGAUUUCUCCACGACCCAGGAGAAGGAUAUCAAUGUUUUUGAAACGACCAUUCGGUAUUUAGGGGGUUUCCUCGCGGCUUAUGAUAUUUCUGAGGCGAAAUACCCGGUCUUGUUGAAGAAGGCUGUCGAGGUUGGGGAAUUGUUGAUGGGUUGUUUUGAUACACCUAAUCGCAUGCCUAUUACCAGAUGGGAUUGGAAGCAGUACGUGGAGGGUAAAGUCCAACGACCAGGGAGAACGCUAGUCUCGGAAUUGGGAUCCCUAAGUCUUGAGUUUACAAGAUUGGCACAACUCACUGGUGAGGUCAAGUACUACGAUGCAAUUCAGAGGAUCAGCGAUGAGUUUGAAAAGAGUCAAAAUUCUACCCAGUUUCCAGGAAUGUGGCCUGUUAGUGUCGACCCAGUGGUACCCUCGUUCAAUCAGGACAACUACUUCACGCUCGGUGGGAUGAGUGACAGUCUCUACGAGUAUCUUCCAAAGCAGUAUCUGAUUCUUGGAGGCUUGAUUGAACAACCCAAAAAAAUGUAUGAAGGAUUCAUUGAAGUUGCGAAGAAGCAUAUGUUCUUCCGGAUUUACAAUCCCAAGAAUGAGCAUUUGACCGUCUCUGGGGAUAUUCGAAAAAGUGGUGUAGAUCCAGAUAACCCCGAGUACCACCUUCAGCCCAAUGGCCAACAUCUCACAUGUUUCGCUGGUGGUAUGGUUGGCCUUGCAGCCCGGAUUUUCAAUCGUCCCUCUGAGAUUGCUCUCGCGACGGAGCUGGUCAAUGGCUGUGUCUGGGCAUAUGACAGUAACCCCAACGGCAUCUCCCCUGAACUAUUUACCGUCAUGCCCUGUCCCAAGGAUGGCAAGUGCAAAUGGGACGACGAAGUAUGGUACAAUGCUCUAUCAAACAGCGCCCCUCCCUUCCCAGGGCCGAACGAUACCCCAAGCGACCGUGCCGGACGUCUACAAAAAUACGCCGCAGAAGAAAGAUUACCUCCCGGCUUCACCAAUAUCCCAGACAGACGGUACAUCCUCCGCCCCGAAGCCAUCGAAUCCGUCUUCAUCAUGUAUCGCAUCACGGGGGAGCAGAAGUGGCAAGACACGGCCUGGAGAAUGUUCCAAGCGGUGGAGCGCGUCAGCCGCACUGAGAUUGCGGCCGCGGCGAUUAUGGAUAUCACGACCCCGAAGGAGGUGGUGAAGCAGCAGCAGAUGGAUAGUAUGGAGAGCUUUUGGUUGGCGGAGACGUUGAAGUAUUUUUAUCUCUGCUUUGGGGGGUGGGAGAGUGUUAGUUUGGAUGAGUUUGUGUUGAAUACUGAGGCGCAUCCUUUGAGGAGGCCGGGGGUGUGA